UGCCGCACGGACUCAUUUUGUUGCAGCACCGCAUCAUGGCUGCGUCCAUGCAGUGACUGAGAGCGACAGUUCUGUGUGACUCUGCCAUUAGCUGAUGGAUGUUGCUUUCUAGUGGUUCCUUCCACUCUGGGAUCACAGUAAGCUGCGAAAUUUCAUCCACAAGAAGUGAAGCCUUGGGGUUUCUUUGACCAUGUUUGCUAAAGCUUUCAGGGUGAAAUCCAACACUGCUAUCAAAGGGUCUGAUAGGAGGAAAUUGCGGAGUGAUGUUGCAGCGACUUUUCCCACCCUCACUUCCGAACAGUUAUCUGACGUUGUGCCAAAUAAAGAAGAGUUGAAUGUCAUUAAACUGUACACUCACAAAGGAGAGGCUCUCACAGUCUAUGCCAAUGGCAGGAUUCCAGUCCUUUUUGAAAUGGAGAAAAGACUGUAUCCAACAGUGUACACUCUGUGGUCUCAUCCUCACCUUCUUCCUGACUUUUCCACAUGGCCACCUGUGUUGCACAAACUAGCAGGAGGAGCAGAUCUAAUGCUUCCAGGAGUUAUAGUGCCCUCUUCCGGUCUUCCUCAGGUAGAUCAGGGGACUCUCUGUGCUAUUACCUUGGUGGGAAACAGAGCCCCUGUGGCCAUCGGAAUAGCUAUCAUGUCCUCUGCAGAGAUGGUGGCAGCUGGAAUGAAAGGAAAAGGCUUCACAGUGCUGCAUACAUACAUGGAUCAUUUAUGGGGAUUUGGUGACAAGUCCUGCCCACCAGCAAUAGCCCACUUAGAAGCUGAACCUUCAGAGAUUAUGAAUGCUGAAGAAGAAGAGCAGGAGGAUGAAGAAGAGGAAAGUAAAGCACAUGGAAAGAGCCUCCCUGUUGACCCAUCCCUGCAGACAGGCAUUGGAAAUCUAAGUGUGGAGGAAGAUAUUCAGUGUAUGGUCAUGGCAGAAAAGGAGGACCCCAAUGAAAGUGGUGCUGCUGAAGUUACUGAAGAGGACAACCUAGAUGUUCCUCAGGAGGUAGAAGAUAGUAGAAGUCCACAAGAGCAAAUGAAUGUGUUGCUUCACCAAUGUUUCUUCCAUGCUUUAAAAUGUAAAGUGAAGAAGUCAGAGCUCCCUCUACUGGCCAGCACCUUUCUCCGUAACUACGUGUUCUCAUGCUGUCCAAAAGAUCAACAACUAGAUAUAAAGAAAUCUAGCUACAAAAAGUUCUCCAAGUUCCUGCACACGAUGCAGCAACAUAAGAUCCUCCAGGUGAAAGAACUGAGUAAGGGAGUAGAAAGCAUUGUGGAUGUGGAUUGGAAGCAUGAAAGCAUUAGAUCCUUUGUAGUACCUGCUGAAAUAGAAGCAUCUGACCCACCUCUCCAGGAUAGCAAAGGUGGUGAUGGAGAACAGCUGUACCACUGUCCUGAAAUCAUACCACUCUAUGGCAUCUCAUCCAAAAUGGCUCCCUUGUUCCAGGAGUCUGGAUAUAAGAAAGGCCACACCCUGUCCAGCAGUGAAGUAAGAAGUGCUAUUAUCAACUACGUGAAGGUUAACGAGUUAGUUGAUGAAACAAACAAAAACUUUGUACAGGUGAAUCCCAUCCUGUGCGAUUGUCUGUUGAACAAAUUGGAACAAGAUGAGAUCUCAAAGCUCAAGUGGGAUGAUCUCCUGAGCAGGUGCCUGUAUCGGCUACAGCCCUUCCAUCAGGUGACCUUUUUUGGACAUGAAUCCAUUGUGAGGAAAGGAAACAUUGACCCCAUUGACAUAACCAUAGCACAGCGAUCAUCCAAUAAAAAGGUGACAAUAAUUAAGAAUCUUGAGCUGUAUGGGCUGGACCCACAGGCUGUGGCCAACUUUCUCCAGCAAAAAGUUCAGGCGAGUGCCACUGUCACCACGCUCCCAGGAGCAAAGGACAGAGCACAGGUCCAGAUACAAGGCAAUCAGACCCAUCACCUUGCUAAACUGCUGCUGGAGGACUACCAGAUACCUCACAGAUACAUCCAGGGUCUUAAGAAGGCACCAAAGAUGGGUCGGAAGAAGUAAACAAGGCUGAAGAUCUAAGUCAGAGCUCUCUUAUUUAUUAAUAUUUUAUUCAGUAGAAAUGAGCAAUCCAAAUGCCUCACCUAUAAAAUAAUGUUUUUUAUUUAAAAGAUAAAAAUAAAAUAACUUUUCCCAAUAA